GGCAGGGCAGCGGGGCAGCUGAAUGGACGGAGCGGCAGUAGCAGCUGGUGCCGCUGCCCGGGGUCCCGGUGCAGUUGGAGGCUUCGGAGACGGGGCGGGCGGCGCGCCGAGCGCAGGGGCAGGGGGCUGCACUGCCGGACCCGCCGCCGCCGCCGCCGCCGCUUCCCCCCGGCGCCCCGGGAAAAUGGCUGUGGGGUUGGCCGCGCCGCUAAGUUUGCUUCCGCGCGGGGAGCAGCGGGGCAGAGCCGGCCCCCAAGUCCGCGGCGGCGCCUGGCAGGAGCCGAGGGGGCGCGAGGGGGCUGGUCCCGCUCCGGGCUGUACAAAAAAGUUGAGGCGGGCGCGCGGGAGGAGGCGGCGGCCGCCGCGGUGCGGCUCCCCUCCCCUCCCACACCCCGUCCGGGCCGCCUCCCCUCCUCCUCCUCCUCCUCCUCCUCCUCCUCCUCCUCCUCGCGGCGCCCCCCGGGCCCGCUGCCCACGGCGCGGGUCCCCCCCGGGCGCGCGCAGCUCCCCGGCUGCAGGCCGCGGCCCCCUGCCCCGCGGGCCGGAGGAGCGCUUCUGCUUCCUGACAUGGUGCAGAGCGCAGGGAGGAGAGAGCAAUGGCGCCGUGACACUCGGCUGCCGCCACCGCGGGCCCGGGGCGGGCCGAGGGGGCCGAGCCGCGGAGGCGGGGCGCGCGGGCUGGACUCGGGGUGUCCCGGGGGCGGCCGCCGGGGCCGGAGGGGGGGUCCCGGGGCUGCGCGGGCGGCGCCCUGCCCGUCUCCCCCGAGCGCUCCGUCCUGGGCUCCGAGUUGAGCGUUCCGGUCCAAGUGGCCGGCGGGCGGGGGCGCGGUGGGCCGCCGCCGCCGGGCUGCGGGGCGGAGCGCGCUGCCCUCUCGGCGCGCGUGGGCUGCUCGCCGCGCCCCGGGCCGCGCGCCCUGCGAGGGUCCGAGCCCCCGGGCCGGCGCGGGCGCUGCGUGUGUUUACUUUGCUCGGCCGGGUCGCUGAUUCCGCGUCUGUGUGUCUCUCUCUCCUCCCCUCGGCUGCAGCGGCGGCGGGAGAGCUCGCUGAGCUGGACCCCCACAGAUCGCCCGUGAAAAUGAAGGCGGCGGAUGAGCCUGCCUACCUGACAGUGGGAACGGAUGUCAGUGCCAAGUACCGCGGUGCCUUCUGUGAGGCAAAGAUUAAAACUGUGAAAAGGCUGGUGAAAGUUAAGGUGCUCCUGAAACAGGAUAAUACUACACAGUUGGUGCAAGAUGAUCAAGUAAAGGGUCCUUUAAGAGUUGGAGCUAUUGUUGAAACAAGGACAUCUGACGGAUCUGUUCAGGAGGCUAUUAUCAGCAAGUUGACGGAUGCUAGUUGGUAUACUGUGGUGUUUGAUGAUGGUGAUGAGAGAACCCUGAGACGCACCUCGCUGUGUCUGAAAGGAGAACGACAUUUUGCAGAGAGUGAGACACUUGACCAGCUCCCAUUGACAAAUCCAGAGCAUUUUGGAACUCCAGUAAUCGCAAAAAAGACAAACAGAGGAAGGAGGUCUUCUCUUCCUGUUACUGAAGAUGAAAAGGAAGAAGAAAGUAGUGAAGAGGAAGAUGAAGACAAACGCCGUCUUAAUGAUGAAUUAUUAGGAAAAGUUGUAAGUGUGAUAUCUACAGCUGAGAGGACUGACUGGUAUCCCGCUUUGGUAGUAUCUCCCAGCUGUAAUGAUGACAUCACAGUGAAAAAGGAUCAAUGUUUAGUUCGGUCAUUUAUUGAUUCUAAAUUUUACUCUAUAGCAAGAAAGGAUAUUAAGGAAGUAGAUAUUCUCAAUCUUCCAGAAUCUGAGCUCUCCUCUAAACCAGGGCUGCAGAGAGCAAGCAUCUUCCUAAGAACUAGAGUUGUCCCUGAAAAUUGGAAAAUGGAUAUAAGUGAAAUCCUCGAGUCAUCGAGUAGUGAUGAUGAAGAUGGCCCAGCCGAAGAAAACGAUGAAGAGAGGGAAAAGGAAGCCAAAAAGGAAGAGGAAGAGGUGCCUGAGGAAGAACUUGAUCCUGAAGAGAGGGACAACUUCCUCCAACAGCUUUAUAAGUUUAUGGAAGACAGAGGUACUCCAAUCAAUAAACCACCUGUUUUGGGCUAUAAAGAUCUCAAUCUCUUCAAACUCUUCAGACUGGUUUAUCAUCAGGGUGGAUGUGACAAUAUUGAUAGUGGUGCUGUAUGGAAGCAAAUUUAUAUGGACCUUGGCAUUCCUAUUUUGAAUUCAGCUGCUUCCUACAAUGUAAAAACUGCUUAUAGAAAGUAUCUCUAUGGUUUUGAGGAAUACUGCCGUUCUGCAAAUAUUCAGUUUAGAACUAUUCACCACCAUGAACCGAAAGUAAAACAGGAAAAAAAGGACUUGGAAGAAUCAAUGGAAGAGAUUCUAAAAGCAGAUCAAGAAAUGCCUUUGGUGGAAGUGAAGAGUGAACCUGAGGAAGACAUUGAUUCAAACAGUGAAAGCGAAAGAGACGACAUAGAAUUAAAAUCUCCCAGGGGCCGAAGGAGAAUUGCUCGAGAUGUAAAUUCUAUUAAAAAGGAAAUUGAAGAAGAGAAAACAGAAGACAAAUUAAAAGACAAUGAUACAGAAAAUAAGGAUGUGGAUAAUGACUAUGACACUGCAGAGAAAAGAGAAACCGAGCAGCUACUUGGAAGAAAAACUACACCAAAGCAAAAGGAGAAGAAAAUUAAAAAGCAGGAAGAUUCCGACAAGGACUCAGAUGAAGAGGAAGAGAAAAACCAAGAGAGGGAAGACACUGAAAGCAAGUGUGACUCUGAAGGGGAAGAAGGUGAGGAAGACAUGGAGCCCUGCCUAACGGGAACCAAAGUGAAAGUGAAAUACGGACGAGGCAAGACUCAGAAAAUCUAUGAAGCCAGCAUUAAAAGCACUGAAAUUGAUGAUGGGGAAGUUUUAUACUUGGUGCAUUAUUAUGGAUGGAAUGUCAGGUAUGAUGAAUGGGUGAAGGCUGACAGGAUAAUCUGGCCUUUGGACAAAGGUGGACCAAAGAAAAAACAGAAGAAGAAAGCUAAAAAUAAAGAAGAAAGUGAGAGGGACGAGGAGAGGCAGAAAUCCAAACGGGGACGGCCGCCGUUAAAAUCCGCUCUGUCGUCAAGCAUGCCAUAUGGCUUAUCUAAGACAGCGAACAGUGAAGGAAAAUCAGACUCUUGCUCCUCAGAUAGUGAAGCAGAAGACCCAGUAGAAAAGAACUUGAUAAAUGAAGAACUUUCUCCUGAUAGCAAAGAAGAGCUGGAGAAAAAUGAACACUUAAGUGAUGAUAAACUAGAGGAAGAAAACCCAAAGCAUGCUGCACAUAGCUUGAAAGAAAACGACAGGACUCAGAUGCAGCCAUUGGAAACCUUGAAGUUAGAAGUUGGAGAGAGUGAACAGAUAGUACCGAUUUUUGCAAACAAAGUAGACCAAGUAGAAGAAAUGAAGAAAGAAGCAGAAAAAUCCCCCAAAGGAAAGGGACGACGAAGCAAGACAAAAGACCUCUCUUUAGAAAUGAUCAAGAUUUCAUCAUCAAGCCAGGAUGAAGCCGGGAGUGAGCCCCAUCCAGAAGCCCACAGCCUUGAAUUUUCCUCACUGGACAGUAAAAACUUCUCCUCUGCCGCCGAGGAUGACAAUGACCCGUGUGGAAAGGAAAAGAAGUUGAAACGGAAAAUACUAGGACAGUCAUCACCAGAGAAAAAAAACAGAGUCGAGAAUGGGCUGGAAGUGGCAAACAGCGUCGCUCAAGAAAGGACCAGUGACUGUAUCGGAUCCGAAGGGAUGAAAAACGUAAAAUUUGAGCAGCACUUUGAAACCGAACAUGAAGGAAUGCCGUCACUGACAGCAGAAUCGAACCAGUGCGUGCAGGAACUGGGCAGUGAGAAAUCGCAGUGUCCAGCCGAGGAAAGCCCGCCGGCUGCGCUGAAGGAGGAGGAGGAGGCGAUGCCUCUGAUCGGGCCCGAGACCUUGGUGUGCCACGAAGUCGAUCUGGAUGACCUGGAUGAGAAGGAUAAGCCCGGUGUCGAGGACGCGGUCGUCGAGAGCUCUGAGGCCCUCUCCCUGGUCCCUGGGCCACCGGGCCUGCCUCCUGCCACGCAGCCCAGCUCCUCGGUGGCCUCACCGCUGACGCUCAGCCAAGACGAGUCCCGCAGUGUGAAAAGUGAGAGCGACAUGACGAUCGAGGUGGACAGCAUCGCGGAAGAAUCUCAAGAAGGUCUCUGUGACAGGGAGUCAGCAAAUGGGUUUGAAGCCAGCGGUGCCUCUGGUCCCUGUGGUAUAAUCGUUCAAGAGAGAGAGAGCAGAGAGAAGGGCCAGAAAAGACCAAGUGAUGGAAACAGUGGGUUACUGGCAAAGAAGCAGAAGCGCACCCCAAAGCGAACAAAUGCUGUAGCCAAAAAUGAAAAGAAUGGAGCAGGACAAAGCAGUGAUAGUGAAGAUCUUUCUGUCCUGGACAGCGCAAGGAAAUGUACACCCGUGAAGCAUCUGGGUGUGUCCAAGCCACAGAAGCUCACUCGGUCUCCUGCAGGAAUGUCCCCUCACAUCAAAGACGGAGAGAAAGACAAACACAAAGAAAAACAUCCAAGCUCGUCCCCUCGGACAUACAAGUGGAGCUUUCAACUCAAUGAAUUAGAUAAUAUGAACAGUACAGAGAGAAUCUCUUUUCUCCAAGAAAAACUACAGGAAAUCAGAAAAUAUUACAUGUCUCUGAAGUCUGAAGUUGCCACCAUAGACAGGAGAAGAAAAAGAUUAAAAAAGAAAGACAGAGAAGUGUCUCAUACAGGAGCCUCCAUGUCAUCUGCUUCAUCAGACACUGGAAUGAGUCCCUCAUCCUCAUCACCCCCACAAAAUGUACUUGCUGUAGAAUGCAGGUGAUAAAUGUUUCCUCUGCCUUCCCAGCUGCCAUGGACAUAAAUCCCCAAACCCUGAGACACAACCACAGAAAGCACUCAACUGGUUUGACAUUGCUAAGUAUCUCCUCUAUAUUCUUCCAGGCUGGAUCGUACCUAUUCCCUUCUUAUUUCCUUUUUUCUUGUUGAAAACAAAUAAGCAGAUGAAUAAUCGAAGGUUAGGCAGCCUGCCAUAUUUGUCAUAACUUUUCCUCUUUCUUUUUUUUUCAUUUUUUGUGAUAGAGAAAAAAAGGGCACUUAGCAAAUUUGAAUUUGUAUAAUAAAGCUUUCAGGUGUUAUAGAAAUCAUAGACAAGCAAGUGCACAUGAUAAACAUCAAAAUAUUAUCCAGCUGAGUAGUUACCGUUGCACUUUCACUGAGAUGUGUUUGAACACUUGGUGAGUAGGGGGUUUAUGUUGUAUUUUUUUGUUGUUGUUUUUAUUUUUGUGGAAGCACUUGCUAUUUAGAACUGCCAAAGUAUAUGUUCAGCAGUGUGCCCAGGUUUAAAGAUGUAAAUGGGACAAAAUAAAUUGUGAAAGGAAGUGUAGUUGACUGAAAACUACAGUUGUAAUAAGUCUUCCACUUUUUAUAGGAUUUUUGAGCACACAAUUAUGCAAAUAUUUUAAUGUUUAUUAAUGUUUACAGUGGAAUUGUGAAUAAGUUUUCAGUGGACUAUCUUAUCCCUUGACAAAAAUAUUUUGUCUUUUUUCUAUGUAAUUUCAGAGUUUUUAUUUUGUUACAAAAAGACAAAAAUGAAAUAUAUAACAACAAUGAAGUUAUUUAACAAGAUUUCUAAAGCUGAAAAUUUUGUGUAAAAUAAGGUAUUAUCUUGCAACUUGUUAAAUAUAUUUAUUCAGACAUUGGAUGUUGUAUUUUUAUGUAUUUUUUAAAAUAUUAAUAAAAUUGAAAAAAAGAAAAUUCUAGGUUAAUUCACUCUUUGGAUGGCAGUAGCGCUCAGCUGUCCCUGGCCUGGUUGAAGGGAGUCUGUCUCAGUCCUUCAAACAGUAGAGAACUAUGAAUGGGCAUCUGGAUCAGUAAAGCAUGUCCUUGUUUAGAGACUUUGGCAGUCCUAGUAUUUAAACUGUUUUGAGGAUCAAAUUUUUGGUUGCCCUUAAGAUACUUUGUCACAGUUUUUAUGUUUGCUGUACUGCCGAAUAAAUUUAUAUCUCCCAAAGUUGAGAUGCAACAACUAAGUAAAGCAACUAUGUAUGCUUCGUCUGUGAAUUGUUCCACAGACUGAUACAUUUUGUAAAUAAUUCUUCCAAAAUCAUGUAUUUAAGCAGUUUUGCAUAUAUCUUAUGUAAAAAAAAGUGAUUUUUUAAAAGCGAUUUUUAAAUUCAUGUUUGUACAUUGAAGGGGUUUUUUUUUAAACCUCCUUUUCUGUGUUUAAUAUGCUGUAGAGUAAUAAUCUAGAUGCUCUAGACUGUAUAUCAGGAUCUGAUUUACAAGAACAAAGUCAGAGCUAAACACUAGUGAUGACAUAGCAUUACUGAAAUCAUUGUUUCUUAAUUUCAUUUUACCACAUUGUGAAUUUGUGACUCAGAUUCCUUCCAUUUUCUCAGAGAAUUAAAAACAAACAAGUACUCUUGUAAAAUGCACUUUUCUGUCUUUUCUUUGCAAAGCAGAAGUAUUUCAAUGUAAAAUAAAAAAUGGAGCUCAGCGGGCAGUAUUAAUAAAGGCCAUGUUUUAAACAUA